AUGUCAUCUAAGCGCCAUCGCGUUGUUUUUAUUGCCGUUCUCACUACCCUUCUCAUCUUCUACCUUCAGAGCCAAACAGGCCAAAGAACAUCAUCAUGGCUAUCACGUGCCGAAAAAGACGUUGACUGGUCGCGUUUUGCGUAUACACAAUAUGUCACGAACAGCGAGUAUUUGUGUAACUCACUCAUGUUCUUCGAAGCUCUGAAACGUUACGGAAGUCGACCUGAUCGUGUUAUGAUGGUUCCUGAAAGCAUGCUUGAGCCAGAGAUGGUGAACUCAAGUGAUGCUUAUCUGUUGAACAAAGCGCGCGAUGAGUAUAACGUCAAACUUGUCCCGAUUACAAUUCAGACAAACUGGGCAGGUGACGCUACUUGGGCAGACUCAUACACCAAGCUUCUGGCGUUCAACCAAACUAAGUAUGAUCGUGUACUGUCCAUCGACUCAGAUUCUCUCUUGUUACAAGCAAUGGAUGAACUGUUCUUCCUACCAGAUGCACCUGUGGCUAUGCCUCGAGCAUACUGGAUAUCACCCGAGAAGAUCCUCUCAUCGCAACUCAUGCUUAUCCAACCUUCCGAGACAGAAUUCUCCCGCAUCAUGGAGAGAGUGCAAUCAGUAAAGUCUGGCGAGUACGACAUGGAAAUCGUCAACCAGCUUUAUGGCGAUAGUGCUUUGAUAUUUCCCCACCGCCGCUACGACCUUCUAAGCGGCGAAUUCCGCAACGACAAGCAUGCUCACUAUCUCGGUUCAGAACUGGAAACAUGGGACCCUGCUGCGGCGUAUAGUGAGGCUAAGCUAAUUCACUUUUCGGACUGGCCACUACCGAAGCCUUGGAAAUCUAUGCCUGAAGAAGACCGACUUGCGGCACAGCCUAAUUGCACACGAAUGACAAGUGGCGAGGAAGACUCCCAACCACAUCCCUUCGCAAGCUCCCAGACUCUUGAAUUGAUCACAAAGGUGAACGCAAACCCCAACCCCCUCCUGAACUCCCAAAUUGAGAAUCACGCUAACAAUAAGGCCGAAGGCAUUGUGACAGAGAGCUUCUGGCCUAAUAUCCGGAAGCAUAUCCUCGCCGAUAACCCCAACGCUAAACCCAUGAAAGCUAUCUGUGCCAUCUGCUGGGACGAGCUACAUGUAACAUGUAUCUCCACCCCCGAUGACAAACUCGACAUCGCUCUUGUUGCUCCGUGUGGACAUGUUAUGUGUCCUAAAUGCUGGCCACGCCAGGUCUUCGACUACUACGCCGUAGACUUCGUCGCAAAGAGAAAGUGUCCUAUUUGCAAGACCGGACUCGAAUGUGUUGCUUGCAAAAAGACUUGCAAUAAGGAGAUGAUCCCCACGUAUGGCGGAAAAGCGAGUAUCGAGUCUUUUCCCGAGACUGCUCCAGAGUGUGGACGAGAGUACCGUCCUUGCUGUAAGGACUGUGCUGAGAUUCUUGAUUGGCAAGCGGAUGGCUUUUGGUUUGAGAAUGUUGAGGAGCGGGAGAGCUUGGAUAGCUCUUGA